UAUUUAACCAGGCGCAUCCCUCAAAAUCCCAGAUACCAACAUAUAAAAACCCGCCUCGACACUGGAAACAGUUUAACAAAAUACACCGAGAAGUUGGAAGAGAUCAAAAGAAAUUACAGAUAUAAAAAGGAUGAGCUGUUUAAAAGACUGAAGGUCACUACUUUUGCCCAACUGGUCAUCCAGGUCGCUUCUCUAUCUGAUGAAACCUUAGAAGUGACAAACGAGGAGAUCUGCAAGCUGGAAGAUGCUGAAAUCACAGCAGGGACAAAUGGGAAAGGAAGUCCUGAUGGGUCACCUAGUCCAGUCUUGUUCAUAAACGACACAGGAGCUGGGGAAUCCUAUCGGUCCACGCUGCAGAGUGUGAUAAGUGGAGUUGGAGAACUGGAUAUAGAAAAGGACUCUCCAAAGAAAGCAGGUGCUCAAGCUAAAGACAUGCCAUAUCCUGACUGCCCCUUCCUGCUCUUGGAUGUACGAGACCGAGAUGCCUAUGACCAGUGUCACAUUGUUGGAGCUUAUUCCUACCCCAUUACAACGCUGUCUAGAACCAUGAAUCCAUAUACAAAUAACAUUCUGGAAUAU